UUCUCUGAUCCAGGAGGAAAGUCUCUGGGCCAGGAUUUGGAGACCUUAGCUGGCUACCUCUUCUGGACCUCAGUCAUCGGGACCUGGAAUGAGAAGAGGAUUCCACACCAGUAUAUACAGCGUGGAUGUCGGAGGGAGAUUGGAACCCAUAGAUCUGUAACUUUUGUAUCUGGAAACUAGUUGUUGGAAAUGAACUCAACUCUCUUUAGAAUGGUUUCUGUCUGAACGGGAUCUUUUUCUUGAAACUAAUUUUUGUCAGCGUGGAGGCAGGGUAUCAACAGAGUGAGAAUCGUGGGUGUUCACCAGCUCUGUGAGUGCUUGAUAAACUUUUUCUCUUUAUUCCUGUGGAUAUUGUUUUGGAAUCAAACUCUGAGGGCGUGACCAGGGUUCCAGGUCCGAACCCUCAUCCUACACCACUGGGUCACCUAUCCUCAGCAGGGAACUGGUAGACAGAAAGAGGUGGAUAUAGUGCGUUGGACCAACUUCACCGGUUGGAGAGGACAUUUUUUUCCUUCUUACCUGUCCUGUACCUGGAUAGGACUUGAGAAACGAGAUGGGGGCUGCCUUCAAGAGGUUCUGUGCUCGGUUCUGUUGCUGCUGCUGCUUUAGCGAUGAUGAAAGUGAGGAGGAGAAGGAGCCUUUAAUCACUCCUGACACUUUGGAGUACUUUGACCGCGAGGCGAAGAAACGAAGGGAGCAGGAGCAGAACCUAUGGAGUGAGCCAGGCGACCCGAGCCACUCCGAGAGAGACGAUGACCGGAUCCUGUACAACCUCAUCCAGAACAGGAACCAGACACGCAGGGGCUCGCUGGCGCACCGGCGUCUGAGUGUGGACAUUGAGGGUAUGAGAGAUCUGCGUCGGGAGGUCAGAGACAAGUGGAAGAUGAUCCUGGAGAAUUUAGGAUUCAUGGCGGAGGCGGAGUCUCUGCUGACGGUGUCUGCCAGUGCGUCGUAUGACCGUAUGAAGAACGCCUCGGCGUCACGCACACUACUGCACACGCUCCACUCUGAGACAUCCAUCUUUAACACCCGGGAGGCCCCACCUGAGAGAUACCUCUUCAUCCUGGAUCGUCUCAUAUACCUGGAUGCUGCUGAGGACUUCUUGGCGAAGGCGAGACGCUUCUACCCCAAGCGUGAUACUGAUGAUGAAGAUGAGGACAACCCAUUAGCAGUCAACCUGCCGUUGCUACUGGCCAGAGUGAACCGCACCAUGAACAGAGAAGGGAGCGAUGAUGAGGACAAGAGGCUGGAUGAGGAAGAUGGGAGCGGAAGAGAGGAGGACAACUUCUAGACGGAACAGGAGCUGCAAUGGCCUCAGACAGUAGACAGGGGGCAAUAGUUAGUCGAUUAUGUUGCAGAGUUGGGAGUAUACAAGGACUAGGAUGUCUGAUUCUGAAUAUACUCUGUUGAAAAUACUCUCCCAAUUUGCACUAACACUAGGGGUCUAUUCAAUCUGUGUUGCUGAAGUGUUACAGAUUGUGCGAUAGAAAUGUUAAGGUAAUUUCCGACUGAACAGACAUAUGCCGUGUGUACCGUGUAUGCAGUCUCUGCUAACACGGGAACAUUGCCUUCACAUUUCAAUCACUCUGUAACGCUGAACUACAAACUGAAUAGAGCCCGAGGUUUGAACAAAAAUAUAUAGCUUUCCUUUCACCUCAUCAGAACCGUGAUCCAAUAUGAUUCUUUUUUUCUGUUUAGGCAGACUUAGCUGGGUCUCAGGUAUAUUAGGGAGAGUUUUGGAGGUUAUCACCCUGCCAUUUUUUUAAAAUCCAUCCAGACAGUGUUAGUUACCCAACUCCCUGGGUCUGUUCAUUAUUGGUCUCCGUCAGGGAACACAGUGGACACAGUUAAACACAGCACUGAAACCCGUAGGGCACAGCUGUCCUGUUCCACAUCAGCACUUUGUCUCAUGAUUAUCAGCACUUGUUUUAUCGAGUCACAAGACAGUCUUUUAAAACCAGUAGCUAAGAUUACCUUGGAAUAAAUGUGUGUUAAACCAAUUAAAUCAUUUGGAGUUGUCCAUUUAUUUAAUGGACCAUGCUUAUCAAGAGGUACUAGUGUAUUUUUUGUUCAUGAAGUUUACGGAGAUGAGUUUAGUAACAAAAUGACAACUUUGAAUGAGUGUGUGUGUCUGUGUGAACAGUGGAGGUUGCAGUAUGUGGGUAUCUAAUGGUCACUUUAAGUACAUGUCAAGAUUGUGAGAGUGUUUGGGAUGUUUUGGUGAGUUGAAGGGGAUGCAGCAUGUGUCUUAUGUUCUAUUGUAAAGUUGAUAUGGAAAAUAAA